ACUCUCCUAUAGAACCUGGAUCCUACCUUCCAAAAGGGACCUUGUCGGGGAGGAAAGAUUCUAGGGUUGCCUUGGGAUCGACAUGCCACCCAAGACGUCUCUAAAUAAUGUCGAGCUGAGGAGAGGUAAAGAUUAUGAAUGUAGAAGACUAAUCUAGGCUAAGUUACUGCUACUCGUAGGGCAAGAAUGUAAAGGUAAUGGUACUAGAUUGAUUUGAUCGAUUGGUUGGUGCCUCAAUUGGCCAUACCCCUGCAUAUAUAUAGGGGGUCUGGACCCGUUCCUAGAUUUUUCCCAACAGAUUCCUACACGAUUUGAUACACCCAGCGCAGGUGGGGUUGGCCGAGGCCCAAUAAAUUAGGGUUGCCCAGAGCCCAACAGUUCAUUAAGCACACCCAACUCAGGGAAAGACCUAAUCACCCCAAAAGACUAGUCCAAUAGGGGAAGGGUGACCCUCCCUUUUAAGGUGACUUCCUUCUCCCAAGUUAAGUGAGGCGGGAUAGUUCUAAGGCUCACACGGUCGUCGUCCGACUACAGUUGAGCCAACUGAGCCAAUUGCGUCUUUGCCAACGGGUAAUAGUGGAAGAUAUCCUCAUCAUUCUCACCUUUUUAAAAUGGACCCUAGCUCUGAUACUAGAUGAUACACCCAACCUAGGUGGGGUUGGCCGAGGCACAACAAAUUAGGGUUGUCCGGAGCCCAACAGUUCAUUAAGCACACCCAACUCAGGGAAAGGCUCAAUCGCCCCAAAAGACUAGUCUAAUAGGGAAGUGUGUCCCUCCCUUUUAAAGUGACUUCCUUCUCCUAAGUUAAGCAAGGUGGGAUAAUUCUGAGGCUCACACGGUCGACGUCCAACUACAGUUGGACCAACUAGACCAAUUGCAUUUUUGCCAACGGGUAAUAGUGGAAGAUGUCCUCGUCACGAUUACUUAGAUAAGCAUGCACAGGAUAAGGACUCUCGUCUGCAUUAAUCUAAUUGCGGACCGUCCAUGCUACACCUAUGGACCGUCCAACCACGCCUAGGUGUCAAAUCUGUUGCUCAACAAGGUGUUUGGUUGUAAUCCUAAAGACUAUGUUUUUUAAAACUUUAUAUUCUAAAUACCAUGAUAUUUUUGGAGUAUUGAAAACUUCACUCUAACCCAAAGUUUUCAUGGCAUGUAUAGCUUUUGCCUAAUAUCAUGGUCUAGAAUGUUGUAUCCAAAUAAUGUUUUUUUAAAUUUUGGUAUUUUUGGAGCUGGCUAAAACUAUGAAUUGCAAAAGUAUAGUAUUAUAGUAUUGUAAAAGUAUGAUUUUGAAAAACAUUGUUGCUAAUCAUGCUCUUACAUUUUUACAACCAAAAAGCGCAUAGGAAGAUAACUCGGAUGGUUAAAUAAAUAUCUGUUUUUUAAUUAAGAGGAGGUUAAAUCAGACUUACCCACGUGUGGUGUGAUGGAUUUUUACCCACAGGCGACAUCUAAAAUCGGCCGGCGCAUCCUACACUCUACCAUCCUCCUUCCUCCAUGGCCGUUAAGCCCACACCCGCCGCCGCCGCCGCCCUCCAUGGAGACCAGCAAGUUGCCGCCGCUCUACUCGCCGCCGCGGGAGCCCUCUGCGACUACGGUGAUGUUGUGCCCGUGCCUGGCGUUCUUCCUCCUUGCCCUCAUCGUCAUCUCCAUCGCACUCACUGUCCACUUUCGCCUCUACUGCCACACCCCUCUUGCACACCUCAUCUCCCCGCACCGCUGUCCCCACCGCAUCUGACCUCCGGCUCCGCCCGCACCUCUGCCGUCGUCCUGCUUCCCAGAGGUGCGCUCCCUCUGCUGCCGCCGAGACGCCGAUCCCUUACGGGUUCCCCUCAACUCGCGACGCCGGCAUGCGGGGCUUACGACGUGCUCUGGGGCUUCGCGGCCGGAAGGUUCCUCUCCACCUCGUCUGCCUCCGAUGAAGACGGGGGUUCGUUGGAGCAGGAGGAUGCGGCGACGAGCAACCCGGAGGGAGUGGGCCGCGUCUGCGCGGCCAUCGCGGACGUCAUCGCCGCCGGCGCCGACGCGAACCUGGAGGCUGCGCUAUCCGCGCUCUCGCCACCGCUCUGUGAGGCUGUCGUGCUCGCUGUGCUCCACCGCUUCAAGCACGCACACAGGCCGUCGUACCGCUUCUUCAGGUGGGCCACCGCGUCCGGCGGAUUCACCCACACCACCAUUACCUACUGCAAGAUGUUACUCAUCUUAGGCAAGACGAGGCAGUUCGAGUCGAUGGUUGCAUUGCUCCAAGAGAUGGGGAAGGCGGGGACCCUGUCCAUGGACGCCUUCAAGGUUGCCAUUAAGUCCUUCGCUGCGGCUGGUGAGAUUAAGAAUGCAGUCGGCGUGUUCGAGUUGAUGAGGAAGAACGGUUUUGAUGAUGGGGUGGAGUCAUUCAAUUGCUUGCUCGUUGCUUUGGCCAAUGAGGGAUUGGGCAGGGAGGCCAGGCAGGUGUUUGACAAAAUGCUUGGCCAGUACUCUCCAGACCUGCGCUCUUAUACUGCACUGAUGCUGGCAUGGUGCAAUGCGAGGAAUCUGGUUGAGGCUGGGCGGGUUUGGAAUGAGAUGCUGGAGAAGGGAAUGAAGCCAGAUGUUGUCGUCCACAACACAAUGAUUGAAGGGUUGCUGCGUGGGCAGAGGCAACAUGAGGCCGUGAAGAUGUUUGAGCUGAUGAAGGCAAAGGGGCCUCCACCAAAUGUGUGGACUUACACAAUGUUGAUAUGCAAUCAUUGUAAGCGAGGGAAGAUGGACAUGGCAAUGGAGUGCUUUGAGGAGAUGCAGGAAGCCAGAUGCCAACCAGAUGUUGCUACCUAUACAUGUUUGCUUGUUGGAUAUGGGAAUGCAAAGCGAAUGGACAGAGUGACUGCUGUGUUGGAGGAGAUGACACAGAAGGGAUGCCCCCCUGAUGCUCGGACUUACAAUGCACUGAUUAAGCUGCUAACAAAUAGGAAAAUGCCAGAUGAUGCUGCAAGGAUAUACAAGAAGAUGAUCAAGAAAGGACUUGAUCCCACAAUUCAUACUUACAACAUGAUGAUGAAAUCAUAUUUCCUUGGUGAUAGGAACUAUGCCAUGGGUUGUGCAGUGUGGGAGGAGAUGCACCGGAGGGGUAUUUGUCCUGAUGUUAACUCUUACACGGUGUUCAUUAGUGGACAUAUACGUCAUGGCAGGCCAGAGGAGGCAUACAAGUAUAUUGAGGAGAUGAUUAAUAAAGGGAUGAAGGCUCCACAGAUAGACUGUAAUAAGUUUGCUGCAGAUUUAUCGAAGGCUGGGAAACUAGAUAUGUUGUAUGAGUUGGCUCAGAAAGUGAAAUUUGCAGGGAAAUUCGAUGUAUCUAAUGCGUUUUAUCAGUGGGCAGAUAGAAUGAAGAGUCAGGUCAAGAGAAAUGUAUCUAAUCAGAUUGGCAAUAGAAUGUUCUAAGAUUACUACGCUGCCAGCAGGAAUGUAGCAUGCUGUCAUGGUGCUUGAAAUUUGAUUACUAAGGAGAGCUGUUACCUUUUUCCCCUUUUUGAUGGUAUGGUAAUGUGUCAUUGAAGAGUACGUGACUGGUUGGCCGCCAAUAUUUUCAUUGGGAUAUGCAAUAAUGAUCUGUUUGAACAUUCCCUAAUAGCAUAAUGAACGUUCAGAAAAAGCAGGAAUAAAAUGGUGCUGUUUUUCCCUGCACCAACUGUAUGUAUACUAAAUGUUUACAGAUGAUGUUCUGUUUGAAAGUUUCCACGAAACAGAGAUAAAAAAGACGAGAAAGCUCAGCACGUUUUAAUCCGGCUAUAAUCGGCGCCCUCAAGAAACCAGUGAACAGGAGCCAGGACUAACCUCCAGCAGCUGCAGCCCAUACUGCUGCUCCUGACCACUCUGGACGAUGCGAAUCAGUCGCAUGACAACGCACAGCGGCAGCAGGAUACCAGCAGCGCGAAGCAAGUACAUCUGCAAAGAAACAUAACCUCUGCUCUUAGUCGAUGGAAUCAGGUUACCUAUUAAAACUCUGCUUUUUUCUGCUUGGCCAUGCCAACAAUGAACUCACUGCCAGGAGACUGAACGCGCAGUGAGCUGCUGCUUCAACCGUCACCACUGCAACCAGAUGCCAUGCCAGCAGCAUAAUGGUGAACUGCACAGGAUUGCAGAAGUCAGAAUCCUGUGGGCAGCCAUGGAUCCUGAAGGACGGUUGUUUCAGUUUGCUGCAUGACUUGAAACAGAUCAUACCGUGAUCGCCAGCGACCGGCACCAUGUGGCGCAUUGAUCUGCGGUGUAGGAGCACCUGGUGUAGCCUGCACCCCCACUCAAGCCCUCCCGAGAUUCCAAAGAUUGCAUGUCCUCGUGUUCACUACACGAUCAGCUGACAAAAUUUAGAUAAUGGUUGCCGAUUUGACCGCCCGGCCCCCCGUGUUAGAAAGGGUACAAGCUCACUUGGAUGCCUUUUUAAUUUUGCAUCUUUGCAAGCUUUCUGGAACUUUUGCAGGUUAAUGGUUUCAUUUUUAAAAAAGAAUGGAUGGUUAGCUAACAUUCUCAAAUUCAAAUUUUGGUCUGGAUUUUCUCGACAAAAGUUCCAAGUCCCCGUUGCCACUAGCAACUAGGUUUCCGGUAACAGGAGACCUUUGACAGAAAUGCAACGAGUUAAUGUCAUGUAUUGUGAUCGGGGACACCAAGUGGCCGGAGCAUUAGCUGGAGGCGCUAGGUGGAUGUGCAUUGACAAUGUGGCUGUGAUUUAGUUUUGGGGACACGCUUUUGACAGACAGGACCACCCCUUUGAGGCCAUACCGUUGAGUGCAGCUGUCUCUUGUGUUCAUUGAGGCAUGAGGUAGCUGGGUAGGACUUGGGCCUACCUGUCUGACCCUUUGAAAUGUUUAAUUGUGGCAUUGACAAUGUAUGUUGUUCGAAAACAAUGUGCUACCUUGUGAUCUGUAUGUUUCAUUCCCGUUGAAAGGCCGGAGGACAUGGACAUACAUGUUCUUUUUUUAUCAA